AUCAUCUCACAUUAGACAGUCUAAUUUUAACAGCCGGUACGAAACAAACCGUGCGUGUGUCUUUCUGUUUUUCAAAAUAAAGUGCAUUUUUAUUUUUAUAAAAUUUUAUCAUCAGAAUCCAUCUAUCUCUCUCUAUAAACAUACAUAUAUAAAUGAUGCCUUUCAAUAAAGAGAAAAAUCGUCGCAUUUAUAUUACGGCAUUAGUAAUAUCGUUUUUAUUGAUUGUCGGUUCCAUCUAUUUGCAUUGGAGACAAAAAACUCAUUUGGGCCGCAUGAGUUUUAAUUUAGAUCGUGAUCGUGUUAAACCAACCAGUGGUGUUGACACAACAACAUGGAUCGAUGAAUAUGAUUCGAAAUAUGUAAAAAUAACUGAAGAAAUUUUAGACACCGAUAAAGAUGAUACUGAUGUUUACAAUAACAUACUGGAAGCAUCAUCUCCCGAAGACGACUAUGAUGAUGAUCAAAAUAAAUUUAAAGAAGAAAACAUUAACGAAGAUCAUGAUGAUGAUGUAGAUGAUAUUAAAGAAAAUAUCAGUGAUAAUGAUGAAGAUACAAUGCACAUGAAAUCUAAAGAAAUUUUGUCACAUCAAUAUUCAGAAGAAUAUAAUAUGGAUGAUAUCGAAGAAAGUUCCGAGCCUAAAGAAACAUCUAUGACUCCUAACUCCAGUGUGUGUUUCAGAUGCCUAUGUAUGACGGUAAACGAAUGUCAACCAACUUUUUGUGGUUCAGGCAAUCCGUGUGGCAUAUUUAGAAUAUCAAAAUCAUAUUGGAUUGAUAGUGGUAAACCAACUAUCAGCGGGGGCAGUACCAGUAACGAAGAUCAAGACUAUCUGACCUGUGUUAAUGAUGCUAUGUGUUCCUCGGCUGUAAUACGUCAGUAUUAUAAUCGCAAUAAACAAGAUUGUAAUAAAGAUGGGGUAUUCGAUUGUCAGGAUCAAAUUGCUCUGCACCUGCUGGGGCCAUCAGGUUGUCUUACACAAAAUCUUAGUUCCAUUCAUGCUAAACGCAUGAAAAAUUGUUUCAUUGAAAGUGAUUUGGAAAAUCAAUCCUAUUGGUGGGAAGAUGAAUAUUAAGUUUAUUUAUAAAGUGACCUAUUAUACUUAAACAAUUAAUAUAAAAUUUAUAGUUUUAAUGGUUUUAGUUUAAUGGUCUCAUUGUUUUAUUUAGUUAAAUAAGUCUAUGAAUGUCUAUGAUUUUUUUUUAUAUUAUAUAAAUGUUUUAAAGGUAAAAGCUUUUAAUUAAGUGAUUUGAAAUGUUAAUCAUAUAAUAAAAUUUAU